AAUUUGACCAUUGUGGCAGCUUUGCUGUCAGCUGCCAAACGAAAUAACCUUAAAUUUUCAUACCUCCUUUUAGUUAAUAAUUUGUGAUAGGAUAAACAAUUGAAAAUAUGCCACCAAAAAAGGAUGCAAAAGGCGGUGGUAAGGACGGAAAAGCUUCAGGUAGUAAGAAAAAUGCUGGAGCAGCCGGUGAAGAUAAAGGCAAAGAAAAGAAGGGAGGAAAUGCCGUAAAAGUGCGGCAUAUUCUUUGCGAAAAGCAAGGUAAAAUUCUGGAGGCAUUAGAAAAGUUAAAGGCCGGUCAAAAGUUCCCCGAAGUAGCAGCUUCAUAUAGUGAAGAUAAAGCACGACAGGGUGGAGACUUAGGUUGGCAAAUUCGCGGUGCCAUGGUGGGCCCUUUCCAAGAUGCCGCCUUUGCGUUGCCCAUAUCAAACGUAAAUAAUCCAGUGUAUACAGACCCUCCCAUUAAAACGAAAUUUGGUUACCACAUCAUUAUGGUGGAGGGGAAGAAAUAAAAAUAAAUAAAAAAAAAACGUGUAAAUUUUUUACAUUUAUAU